UACUAACCAAUUCUUCCACAUCCCAAACUGCAAGAACGCAAGACAGAAGCGAGUACCAGAAAAGAAAAGGAAAAAAAAAAAAUCCCAAACCCGCAACGGCCAUGUCUCCACUGCUCCGCCGCGUCCUUCUCCUCGCCCUCGCCGCCGCCGUCGCGGCCACGGCGUCCGCCGCGUCGCUGAACGGCGCGGCGAACGACCUGCUCCCCAAGUACGGCCUCCCGAAGGGGCUCAUCCCGGACUCCGUGGCCUCCUACAGCUUUGACGAGGCCACGGGCGCCUUCGAGAUCCACCUCGCCAGCACCUGUUACGUCCACUUCGGCUCCCACCUCGUCUACUACGAGAGGACCAUAACGGGCAAGCUCUCCGAGGGCGCCAUCUCGGACCUCUCCGGCGUCCAGGCCAAGAAGCUCUUCCUCUGGGUCUACGUCACGGGGAUGGUCGCGCACCCCGACCAGGGCACCAUCGAGUUCCAGGCCGGAUUCAUCUCGGAGUCUCUGUCGGCCUCGAUGUUUGACGAUGUGCCCACCUGCGGUUCCAGCGUCGGUGCGCAGCUGCGCGGCGCGGCUGGGGUGAUCGGGGAGCUUGGGCUGCUCCCCGUUGCGCAGGCCUGAACCUCGAGUUGAGAAUCCACACUCCCAGAGAACCGCAGGACCGCCCUUCCAGUUUGCUGUCGCCUGAGCACUAGAGUGCAAGACGUUCUGCUGCGGUGUCUUCUGCCUGUACCAGUAUCUAGUUGUAAUGUUGCUCCCGGUCUCAAAUGGACAUCGAUGGAUGCUCUGUAGAAAUGUAUAUCCAUAAUAUGCUGUUACCGAACCUGCGUAGGAUGUAGGCAGAGAGUCUCUUGUACUCCCGGAUCCGGAUCAUCAUAUAUUCAUGUCAUCGCGUGUGGAACCAUGAACUGCCCCAGAAGUGUCGCGGCACGGGCUUGUCUGAAAAGCCAUGGCCUUUGAGCUUGUUGGCUGUCUGAAAAGUUAUGGCCCGUUCGUUAAUUUAUUAUGAGAGAAGAAAAAAGGAAAAA